UUAAAAGUUCACAUAUUAUUGAGAUCAAUGACAUUUUUAUACCAAGCACACGUUCAUGAGGUUGCAGUUUCGACGUGGGCUGUCAUUUUCGUUUCCAUAAAUUGAAAUCAUUCGUUCCUUGUUUUAAAUCCUAUUCAUUUUGGAUUUUGGCCGGAGUUUUUCGGAAAUAGUGUAAAUGAUAAUAAUUUGUUUGUAGUGUAGAAGAAAGAAGUACAAAAUGGAUCGUCUUCUACGUCUUGGAGGAGGUAUGGCUGGCCUGUCCCAAGCGCCGCCGCCAACUGAUGCACCUGCUGUCGAUACUGCAGAGCAAGUAUACAUUUCGUCUCUGGCAUUGCUGAAGAUGUUAAAACAUGGUCGUGCUGGCGUGCCUAUGGAGGUCAUGGGUCUCAUGUUAGGUGAAUUUGUGGACGACUAUACUGUACGUGUGAUUGAUGUGUUUGCCAUGCCUCAGACUGGUACUGGGGUAUCAGUAGAAGCAGUGGACCCUGUCUUCCAAGCCAAAAUGUUGGAUAUGCUUAAGCAGACUGGCAGACCCGAGAUGGUGGUUGGAUGGUACCACUCUCACCCUGGAUUUGGAUGCUGGUUAUCAGGAGUUGAUAUAAAUACUCAGCAGUCAUUUGAAGCUCUGUCAGAGAGGGCAGUUGCUGUUGUGGUUGAUCCCAUCCAGUCAGUGAAGGGUAAAGUAGUGAUUGAUGCUUUCCGCCUCAUCAACCCUAACAUGAUGGUGCUCGGCCAGGAGCCAAGACAAACCACAUCCAAUUUGGGUCAUCUCCAAAAACCAUCAGUACAAGCCCUCAUUCAUGGACUGAACCGCCACUACUACUCCAUCAGUAUAAACUACAGGAAGAAUGAAUUGGAGCAGAAAAUGUUACUGAACCUCCACAAAAAAUCCUGGAUGGAUGGACUCACUUUAUCAGACUACAAGGAACACUGUUCAAUCAAUGAGACCACAGUCACAGACAUGUUGGAGUUAGCUAAAAAUUACAAUAAGGCAUUAGAGGAUGAAGAGAAAAUGACACCAGAACAGCUAGCCAUUAAGAAUGUAGGCAAACAGGAUCCCAAGAGGCAUCUAGAGGAGAAAGUUGAUGUCCUGAUGUCCAACAACAUAGUGCAAGGUCUAGGAGCGAUGCUUGAUACCAUGGUUUUCAAAUGAUCCCCAUGUGAGACUUUUGUACUGUUACAAGUUAAGGCUAUAGUAAAGUGGUAAUAAAUAAAUCCAGUCUCACAGUUUUAUCUAUUGAUUGUAUGAUACUUAUAAUUUACUUUAUGUACUAAAACAAAAUAAAACACAUUUUCG